AUGGCUGAGAAGACGGCUUCAGGGAGCCAACUUCCCGUGUUGGAGUGCCCGUCGUCGUCAGGGUCCGAGCUGCCGUCACCGCUCGAAUUCAUCUUGAGCAUUGGCAGGCGCAAGGUGGUGGUUCGGUCGAUUUUAUGUGCAUGCCUAUUGAUCUUGUUCCUGAAGUACUCUGGGUUGCCUUCAAUAGUUACAGGGUACCCUAGUGGACGCAAUCACAUCGACCACGUCUACAACACCACUCUGGGAUUUCAGAGAGUCUUUGUCAUCAAUCUCCCACAGCGGACUGACAAGAAGGACCUGACCACCAUGGCCUCCUCAUUCGCAGGCUUCGAGGUUGACUAUAUUCCUGGCGUCAAGGCAGAGGAUGUCAGCGAGAAAGCUGCGCCGUCGAAUUGGGACCAUGAUGCCCAGAACCCGGGCGUACUCGGAUGCUGGAGAGCUCACAUGAAUAUUCUCCAGAAGAUCGUUGCCGAACGGAUCCAGACGGCUAUGAUCAUCGAAGACGAUGCGGAUUGGUCUCCCUUCAUCAAGGACCAACUGUUCGAGCUUGCAACAGGGGCUCGUGCGUUGCAGAAGUCUUCAGACUCGGUGCCGUCGCCGUAUGGCCAUGACUGGCACUUGCUCUGGCUGGGCCACAACCGGAUUGGGCCAACGGACCAGGAUCAAAACAUCUGGGUUAUUGAUCACGACUUCACAGUCCCUCCUCUGCAACAUCGCAAUUCACGAUGGCGGCAGUCGCACGUUCCGGAAGACGCGCUACGGAACGACACGCGGCUGCUCUUCAAGGCGUAUGCUGGCAUGUGCUUGUACGGGUACGCCGUCACCUAUGACGGCGCUCGCAAGAUGUUGUCGUCAAUAUCGGUCCAACCUCGCAACCAGCCGGUGGAUCAGAGCGUGUCGGACAUGUGCCGUGGCAAAAUGGCCCAGGGUUUCGAAUGUUAUGGCAUAUGGCCGCCCCUGAUAUCAACCCAUCGCUCUGCAGGAUACAAGUCUCAGGAUUCCGACAUCAACAUCAAUGCAAAGGUUGGCUGGCAUCAGGAAUAUACUUUCGACAUUCCCUUCAGUACCACGAUCAAUAUUCCCAGGCUGGCCGAUGGCGCCACGUCCGUCUUGUCGCAAUGGCCCGACACGGAUGUCCAAGAAGCCCCGAUCAACCCGGAAAUUCGACGGCGUUCUCAGGGGUAUCUGAAGAAUAUCAACUUUGGAGCUCUUCCAAUACGGGAUGCGUCGAUCACGAUAUGA